AUGUUGGCGGCGAAAAGGGGGGAGGAAGGCUGCGCGCGUACGGGAGAGAGAAAAGUUUUUUUCAGAAGCGUGAAGUUUAUUGCAAGAGCGGGGAUCAGUCUGGGGUGUCGUUGUGUUCUCCCCUUGUCGCGGGGUGUCGCGGCGCGCCCCUUUCUCUUAUAG